AGAUAACAUAAAAAGUAGAAACACAUACAAAAACUUUCUCAAUGUGUUUAUCGCAAAUAUUGCCCCAAAAAUAAAUCGUGCAAAGAUAACAGGACAACCGCAAACCGAAAACUGAAGUAAGUGGCUCAGCGUACAGGAAAUGUGGCAUGUCGUGAUUACUCGGUUCCUUCGUCGUAGGAUUGUGCUGGCGGUCAUCUUUUGCCUCUCGCUGACGUACUGUAUGGUGCGAUUGAUCGGAAAUAACGUUUCCCUCAACUUGGACGGUGACCUGUUCCAAACGGGUCUACAGAGAGAGAAACCCAUCAUCUGGACGAACUCGAUCACGGAGGAUCGCAACAGGUCCAACGAUCUAUCCACAAACUGCAGGAAUUCAGUACAGGGAAAAGCGCUCAUAGUAGACGAUCGGGGAUACGUUUGUGCAAGGUUCGAGCUACUGUGGACGGGAUGUUGCAAUGUAGAGGUUGACAGUACUAAACUGUUCCACUGUGACACUUGCCAGAACAGUGACUGCUGUGCAAUUUAUGAAUAUUGCGUUUCGUGUUGUAUGCACCCUGAUAAGAAGCCGUUACUGGAAAAAGUUUUAGCAAAAGCCACCGGACGACAAAUCGCUGUUUAUGCCACGGUAAAUGACCAGUACGAGCUCUGUCUAACGAAAUGUCGGACCAAUUCGCAUUCAGUACAGAACGAGAAUAAAUACCGUGAUCCAAAGUUGAAGCAUUGUUACGGUGAAACCGAAGAACAGCUCACUGCACCGAAUAGCAAAAACAGUGCCAGUGGCGCAGUAGAUACUAGUGACAACAAUAAUCCCCUAAUAAAUAGUGUGUAGAGAACUGGAAGAAUGCUGAUAAAGUGAGAGAAGCUCGUGCAUUGUGAUAAGAAAAAACGACGAAUGAAUCUGUAUUGUAUGUUCAAAUAA